GCUCGCGACUUCCGCCGCGUUGCCGCGUCUGCAUGCGUGCCGCCUCAUGGCUGCGCGCUAUCAUUGCUGAGCAGCGACAGUGCUCACUGUCGAAAAGAGGGAGGAGGAGGAGGAGAGGGAGCAGAAGGAGGCGGAGGAGAGGGAGCAGAAGGAGGCGGAGAAGCUGGAGGAGGCGGAGACAAGCGCAGUAGCGGCAGAGGCGGCGGCAGCGGCAGCAGCGGCGGCGGCGGCAGGGCUGGGCUCCACAUACACAAGUCUAAGAGAAAGAAGAACUGGGAUGGCUCCGUGGUGUUCUGCUCUCAGUGGUUGAUCGUCCGGCAGCUCCUGGAACAGAGGAGGGAGAGAAGAGCAGCAGCAGAGAUGAGCGUCACCUCCUGGUUCCUGGUGAGCAGCGGAGGAACUCGCCACCGUCUGCCCCGGGAAAUGAUCUUUGUGGGUCGAGACGACUGUGAGCUCAUGCUGCAGUCCCGCAGUGUGGAUAAACAGCACGCAGUGAUCAACUAUGAAGCAGGGACUGAUGAGCACAAGGUGAAGGAUCUGGGCAGCCUGAACGGGACAUUUGUCAACGAUGUCCGCAUUCAGGAGCAGAUGUACAUCACUCUGAAGCUGGAGGACAAGCUGAGGUUUGGUUAUGAUACCAACCUGUUCACCGUGGUGAGAGGAGAGCUGACUGUCCCUGAGGAGGCGCUGAAGCAUGAGAAGUUCACCAGUGGACUCCAGCUCAGCAAGAAACUCACCAACGGUGAGGCCACCACAUCCACCACCAGGUCCCCCACGAAGACCUUCAAAAGACCUACACCCCAGCCUCCGGGUGACGGCUCACCGAGGCCAGCAGAGGGCAGAAGCGCAGAUGGCAUCCCCGUGUUCAAGGAGACGGACGUUAGACCUCUGGACCCUCACAGAGUGGAGGACAAGAUAGCCGAUUACACCGCACUGCCCCGUGGGACCCCUCUGUACGGGCAGCCAUCUUGGUGGGGUGAUGGUGACGCCGAUGACGAGAACUCCUUCAAACAGGAGACCAAACCUAAGAAACACGACGGCUCCACUCCAGACAACAAAGACACACGAAGAGGAGAGAAGAACAAAGAGGACAGCCUUCCUGACUCCGCCUACUGCCACAUCUUAUCCAGCAGAGACAGUCACAUGGUCAACGAUGGCAUCCAUGAGAUUCCAACUAAAGACAUCGGGGGCAGUAAUGUUCUCUCAAGCGCAGCUCAAGGUCACGCUUCCUUCACCAUAGAGUUUGACAACGCUGCUCCAGGAAAAGUCACCAUCAAAGACCACGUGUCAAAGUUCACGGCUGAACACCACAGACCUCGCUCCAAAAAGAACGGCACAGGAAGUGGAGGUGCGGGAGGGAGGGACCUGAGCACGCUUCAGGCGGCCAUGAUGGCGUCCGAGAGCAAGGUGGCUGAUUGGUUGGCUCAGAACGACCCCACCCUGGUGCGGAGUGAGUCGACAGAGGAGGACAGCAAGAGCAUCAAAAGUGACGUGCCGGUGCAUCUGAAGAGACUGAAGGGAAGCAAACACGAGGACGGAACCCAGAGUGACUCUGAGAACGGACUGGGCCUGCGAUUCGCCAACCGUCGCCAUGCGCUGGAGGAGCGUCUGAAGGCAGCUCACAGCCAGUUAGCAGCGGCAGGAGACGGACCCGGAGCGGCCGGGGGGGUCGGGAAAGGUUCAGUGGGCGGAGCCAGAGCCACCAGCACUCGCACCGCCUUCAUGAUCGAGUUCUACGACGAGGAAAACCCUCGCAAGCGCCGGUCCUAUUCAUUUUCCCAGACUGCACCGCUGCUGGCAGAAGGAGCCGGCGGAGAAGGGGUGUGUCCCCAGCCUCCGUCUCACCCUAAGGUGUUCAGCAUCUCCACCUCCGCUGCCUCGGAGCCAGGUAAAACUCCUGCCCCCAUACCAGCUACAGUGACCGCCGGAGCUCCGACCGCUGCACGGGUGCUCCUCAAACAGAGGUCUGAGGACCAGAGUGUGGGCCGCAGCUCGAUCAGCACGGGCCUCGCCACGGGAAGCCCCACCAGUGAAGACGCCUCAGUCCUGAGUAAAGGAAGAGAGAGAGCGGGCGUGACGGAAGAGGACGACCACAGCGAUAAGGGAACCUACACCAUAGAACUGGAGAACAGGAACCCAGAGGAGGAGGAGGCGCGGCGCAUGAUAGACAAGGUGUUUGGUGUUCAACCCAGCCAAAACCACACCUCCUCUGUUCUGUCCCAACAAAAAGAAGAAGUCGAAGGAAAGAAGAAAGACCAGACGGGACCGGAGGGUCUUACUGUGGACUCCAGCUGGGUCUCCCAGUGGGCCAGUCUGGCUGCUCACCACACCAGGACAGAUCCAGAAGGUUCAGGAGCAGAAACGUCCAGCGUCCUGCUCAAAGAAGGAGGUGAGACAUCUUUUGUUGAUGGAGCGUCACUCAGCCGAGGUCAGUCCUGCUCCAGCCUGACCGACCGCAAGCGCAGGACCCUCCCCCAGCUCCCCGUGGAAGACCCUCGAGCUAAAGCCAGCGUCCCACCUUUCAGGUCUGAGAUUGGGGAGAAACAAGACACUGAGCCCCAGGAAAAAGAGAACAAGGGGGACGGGGGGUCUCCAACUCCUGUGGGGGACACUGCAAUGAGCGGCACGCCAAAACCAGGCUCCACCUCCUCUCCAUCCAGGCCUCCUGCCAAGAGCAGCUCAGGGGAGAGGAGAAAGAGGUCAGUGGAGAGGAAGGGGGGAGGCAGGGGUGAAGAAGGAGGAGAUAAGUGUGCCAAGCCUCUGGUGCGACAGGGCAGCUUCACGGUGGAGAAGCCCAGCACCAGUGUUCCUGCGGAGCUGAUUCCACGCAUCAACAAAGGCAGCGGUGGCCGUGAACGCAGCGACUCCGUGGGCAGCAUGGACACGGCCACGCUCCUGAAGGACACCGAGGCCGUCAUGGCCUUCCUGGAGGCCAAGCUGAGAGACCAGAACGACGCCGGGGGCACCAAUCCAGACUCGGCCUCUCCCUUCAAACUGCCGAACAACUCCAUGUCCCCGGAGUCAGACCUGGACACGGCCAGCACAGCCAGUCACAUGGCCGGAGAUGCUGAGAAGAAAGCAGCCGGCGGUGUUAGUGCCCAGAAACGACGGUCCCUCAGCAGCUUACACCGGGAGAAGAGCAACAUGAGCACGACAUCAAAGUCUAAUGUUGUCAGUGCCAGCGCCCGAGAACGCCUGGACAGGAAGACCAGACCCAGACCUGCAGAGACCAGCGGCAAGACCGAUGCCCGGCGCUCCUCUCAGCCGACAUCAGCUUCCCCCAGAGUCCGACAACCGUCCCUGGACCUGACGGAUGACGACCAGACCUCUUCUUUUCCCGUCUCUGACAUCCUGUCCUCAGACCAGGAGAACUCUGCCUCUCUGGGUCACAGGGCUGCUAAGACCUCAACCGGCGGUUCCUCCAGAACCAGCCGUACUCUGCAGGCGGCCACCACCUCCUCCCUGAACAAACAGGCCUCACUGCCACAGCCGCGGCCCACCAGGGCCUCCCUCCUCCGCCGGGCCCGGUUGGGCGACACCUCUGACACCGACCUGGCUGAUGCCGACAGGGUCUCCGUAGCUUCUGAGGUCUCCACCACCAGCUCCACCUCUAAACCACCGUCGGGCCGCAAAGGGUUGUCACGACUGGACCUGUUGGCUCAGCCGCGCAGGACCCGCGUGGGCUCCAUCUCGGCCCGCAGCGACUCCGAGUGUACGGUGGCGCGGAGCUCCGCCUCCUCUCCCCGUCUGUCGGCCGAAACCGCUCUGCGUCUGGGUUUGCGAGGAUCGCCGACGCCCACAGAGAAUAGACUGACCCCCAGAAUGAGAGCCAACAGUGUUUCUAAACUCAACGAGGUCAAGCCCAGGCCCCCCAGCGCCAGCUACUGUUCACCCACAGGAGGCUCUCAGCCUGGACCUGAGGAUGAUGAGGGAGGAGAAGAGCUGAUGGUGUCCAGCAGCAGCAGGUGGAGACGUCUGCCGCCAGAGUACGGCUCCACCUCAGAGGAGGAGUUCAGCACCAGCAGGAACUCCCCCAAACACGGUGGACGGUCCCACAUGCGGCCUCAUCACCUGACCCCCCACCGCGGCUCCAGGCUCAGCGGCGCGGUCGCUCCGGGCUCCGCGGCGGGAGUCAGCGCUGCCGGAACGGGAAUCAAACACCGCAUGAAGGAGCAGGAGGAGUACAUCAGGGACUGGACCGCCCACAGCGAGGAGAUAGCCAGGAUGUUCCCCUGUGUGCGCAGGAUCAGCCAGGACCUGGCCAAGGACCUGGCCAUCUUGGCGCGCGAGAUCCACGACGUGGCCGGCGAGAUCGACUCGGUCAGCUCCUCCGGCACCGCGCCCAGCACCACGGUCAGCACGGCCGCCACCACCCCGGGAUCGGCCAUCGACACACGGGAAGAGGUAGGCUCCGCACGCCCCACGCAGCCGGACGUGCAGGAGAGCAUGAGAAAGCUGGUCGACCGGGUGUUUGACGAGAGCCUCAACUUCAGGAAGAUCCCGCCUGUCAUUUCGACCAAUAAGCCGCCAGAGAUCAACGGCAAAGCAGUGGAGCUCCGCCCACACGCUCCCGACACUCCGGAACCACGAGCUCUGAGGAGACGGACCUGGAACAGAGAGGAGGCCGUGUUGGACAGUCUGCUGCUGAACUCAGCCUCACAGCUGUCCUCCAAGAUCAGACACUCUGUGGACAAAACUGCCGGGAAGAUCAGGAUUCUGUUCAAGGACAAAGACAGAAACUGGGAUGAAAUUGAGACAAAACUGAAAACGGAGAGUGACGUCCCUCUGCUGAAGACGUCCAACAAGGACAUUUCCUCCAUCCUGCUGGAGCUGAAGAGAGUGGAGAAGCAGCUUCAAGUGAUCAAUGUUAUGGUGGACCCUGAUGGGACUCUGGACGCCUUAGCCAGCCUGGGCCUGACUGCCCCGCCCUCCCCACCCAAACCCCAAACCUCAAAGACAAGCCCCCCUUCCGCCACCCCUCCCCCGGCCAAAGGGUUGGUGAUGGAGUUGCUCCCUGCUCCUGGAGGAUCAUCUGCCAGAGUCAAGUCUUUGUCUGCCAACAAGGAGCAGACGGCGCGCGGCUGCCCUGCUGUGGGCGGGGCCUCAGAAGGAGUGGGAGUAGGACUGACCUACAGCCGCCUGCGACCCAACGGCGAGGAGGCUGUCGCCCGCAAAUAACAGAACCCUGAAGGUUCUGUGAAUACAGUGUUGUCUGAUAACCAGUGUUACUAACCAGAGACCGAGGCCUGCAGGGUCAACGACACACACCCCUGGAACAUAAAGAAACGAAGGUCCACACUGGCAUAAUCUGGACUGAUGCAUUGUGGGUACUGUUUCCACUGACUGACCUCCACAGAGACCAUCCAUUUCAAGAGUUACGUCCAUUUCUCUGAAGGAAUUUAGAAAUGAUAAAAAAAGCUCAUCAUUUAAUUCUCAUCUUUCAGG